CGACUCCACGGAAUUUACCGCCGGAAGUUCGGCGGCCAUUACCAAAGAGUGCCGUCUCGGCUAGCUAGCUAGAGAGGCUCUUUUCCGCUCCGCUACCGGGUGGUGGGCAGCCAUCUUAGGUCAGACCCACUGGGGAGGUACUUUAGCGUCAUGCAAAGAAAAGGACUAUCCUAAAUCGGCCUUGCUCCGGAGCGGGUGUGGAGAAAGGAGGAGGUGUGUCUUAGGACCGCCUUUGCUUCCGCUGGUGCAGCGGUCCACUUCAGAAGCGUGAAAUGAAAGUGGGCCAGCUGAAGAAACACAUUCUGGAAAUAGCGACUUAGUAUCAUGGCUGGCAGUCCUAAUGAAGAUUCAGAAGGAAGCAGAAUCACAUACAUAAAAGGAGACCUUUUUGCAUGCCCUAAAACAGACUCUUUAGCGCACUGCAUCAGUGAGGAUUGUCGUAUGGGCGCUGGGAUAGCUGUCCUCUUCAAGAAGAAAUUUGGAGGGGUGCAGGAACUGUUAAGUCAACAAAAGAAAUCUGGAGAAGUGGCUGUUCUGAAGAGAGAUGGGCGGUAUAUAUAUUACUUGAUUACAAAGAAAAGGGCUUCGCACAAACCAACUUAUGAAAACUUACAGAAGAGUUUAGAGGCCAUGAAAUCCCACUGUCUGGAGAAUGGAGUCACCGACCUCUCCAUGCCCAGGAUUGGAUGUGGUCUUGAUCGCCUGCAAUGGGAGAAUGUAUCCACAAUGAUUGAGGAGGUAUUUGAGGCAACAGACAUCAAAAUUACUGUAUAUACACUCUGAACAGAUGAGCAUUCUGGACGUGUCCUUGUUCUCCUGUGUCAUCCCUGCUGGGCCAUUGGACUAGGCAAGCCGACCUUAAAAUGGGCAGAGAAAAGUUUCACGUGAAGUAGUUUUUCUCAUAGGCUGAUGAUUGAAUUGCGACUCUGGAGGAGGGAUUGUCUGGGAUAUGUUGCUGUUUUUUUUUUUUUUUUUUUGCUGGAAGGUAGGGAGUAGGUGGCCUGUAUUAAGCAGGGUAACCAGAUAGUUGGGCCUAGGACCUCCAUUUUUGCUCCAGUAUGCUACCUUGUUUGGUUGGCCACUAGGUGGCAGCAUUUAUUUGGCUUCUCUGCUUUCUAAGAGAAAUGGCAGGGAGGAUGAAAACAUUUCAAAUAAUUUGGUGUCUUCGGUUGUUUGUGCACUUACAUGGUAUUAUCCUUAUGUCAGCAGAUUCGCCCUAGGAGAGAAUUAUGGGUUACUUUGUAUUUCUUUGGUGGUUUUGUUGGGUUAUUUUUUUGUUUGAAUUACAAAAUUUUGAGUUCUGUCGUAUUAACAAGGAAUUUGUAGUGACAAAAACGGAAAAAUAAACACCUUUUUCCUGGGGCCCUA